AUGAGGAGGCGGAGGUCGGCGCUCCGGUCCGUCUCUGCCCGCGGCUGUGGCGGCGCCGGCGGCUUCAGCCUUAGCGGUUCCUCCCUGGGCGGCGGCGGCGGCGGCUCGGUCGACGCCUCCUCCGCCAGCUGAGCCCGCGGGAGCCCGGGACGCCGCUUCCCCGCCCCUUCCCUCCCUGAGGCCCGCCGCCUGGCCAUGGCGCAGCCGGGCCCGGCUUCUCAACCUGACGUUUCUCUUCAGCAACGGGUAGCAGAAUUGGAAAAAAUUAAUGCAGAAUUUUUACGUGCACAGCAGCAGCUUGAACAAGAAUUUAAUCAAAAGAGAGCAAAAUUUAAAGAGUUAUAUUUGGCUAAAGAGGAGGAUCUGAAGAGACAAAACGCAGUGUUACAAGCUGCACAAGAUGAUUUGGGACACCUUCGAACACAGUUGUGGGAAGCACAAGCAGAGAUGGAGAAUAUCAAGGCCAUUGCCACAGUCUCUGAGAAUACCAAACAAGAAGCUAUAGAUGAAGUAAAAAGACAGUGGAGAGAAGAAGUUGCUUCACUUCAGGCUGUUAUGAAAGAAACAGUCCGUGAUUAUGAGCACCAGUUCCACCUUCGCCUGGAGCAGGAACGAACACAGUGGGCACAGUAUCGAGAAUCUGCAGAGAGGGAAAUAGCUGAUUUAAGGAGAAGGUUGUCUGAAGGUCAAGAGGAAGAAAAUUUAGAAAAUGAAAUGAAAAAGGCCCAAGAAGAUGCUGAAAAACUUAGGUCUGUUGUGAUGCCCAUGGAGAAGGAAAUUGCAGCUUUGAAAGAUAAACUGACAGAGGCUGAAGACAAGGUUAAAGAGCUGGAAGCCUCAAAGGUUAAAGAACUGAAUCAUUAUCUGGAGGCUGAGAAAUCUUGUAGGACUGACCUAGAGAUGUACGUAGCUGUUUUAAAUACUCAGAAAUCCGUUCUACAGGAAGAUGCUGAGAAACUGCGAAAAGAAUUGCAUGAAGUUUGCCAUCUUUUGGAGCAAGAGCGACAACAACACAAUCAGUUAAAACAUACGUGGCAGAAGGCCAAUGACCAGUUUCUGGAAUCUCAGCGUUUGCUGAUGAGAGACAUGCAGAGAAUGGAGAUUGUGUUAACUUCAGAACAGCUCCGACAAGUUGAAGAACUGAAGAAGAAAGAUCAGGAGGAAGAUGAACAACAAAGACUUAAUAAGAGAAAGGACCACAAAAAAACAGAUGUUGAGGAAGAAGUGAAACUACCAGUAGUGUGUGCUUUAACUCAUGAAGAAUCUUCAGCGCAGUUAUCAAAUGAAGAGGAGCAUUUAGAUAGUACCCAUGGUUCAGUCCAUUCCUUAGAUGCAGAUUUACUGUUGCCAUCUGGAGAUCCAUUCAGUAAAUUGGACAAUGACAUGUUUAAAGACGGACUCAGGAGAGCACAGUCUACAGACAGCUUGGGAACCUCAGGCUCACUGCAAUCCAAAGCUUUAGGCUAUAACUACAAAGCAAAAUCUGCUGGAAACCUGGACGAAUCAGAUUUUGGACCACUAGUAGGAGCAGAUUCCGUGUCUGAGAACUUUGAUACUGCCUCCCUUGGGUCACUGCAAAUGCCAAGUGGGUUUACAUUAACCAAAGAUCAGGAAAGAGCAAUCAAGGCAAUGACACCUGAACAAGAAGAGACUGCGUCUCUCCUCUCCAGUGUCACCCAGGGUAUGGAAAGUGCUUAUGUGUCCCCCAGUGGUUAUCGCUUAGUCAGUGAGACAGAAUGGAAUCUCCUGCAAAAAGAGGUACAUAAUGCUGGAAAUAAACUUGGUAGACGUUGUGAUAUGUGUUCCAAUUAUGAAAAACAGUUACAAGGAAUUCAGAUUCAGGAGGCCGAAACAAGAGACCAGGUGAAAAAACUACAGGUGAUGCUAAGACAAGCAAAUGACCAGUUAGAGAAGACAAUGAAAGAUAAACAGGAGCUAGAAGACUUCAUAAAGCAAAGCACUGAAGAUUCAAGUAAUCAGAUCUCAGCACUUGUCCUAAGAGCCCAAGCAUCUGAGGUUUUACUUGAAGAGUUACAACAGGGGUUUUCCCAAGCAAAGAGGGAUGUUCAGGAACAGAUGGCAGUGCUGAUGCAGUCACGGGAACAGGUUUCAGAAGAGUUGGUGAGGUUACAAAAAGACAAUGACAGUCUUCAGGGAAAGCAUAGCUUGCAUUUGUCAUUACAGCAAGCAGAAGACUUCAUUUUACCAGACACUAUAGAGGAACUCCGGGAAUUGGUAUUAAAAUACCGUGAGAACAUCAUUAAUGUGCGGACAGCAGCAGACCACAUGGAAGAGAAGCUGAAGGCUGAAAUUCUUUUCCUAAAAGAGCAGAUUCAAGCGGAACAGUGUUUAAAAGAGAACCUUGAAGAAACUCUGCAAUUAGAAAUAGAAAACUGCAAGGAAGAAAUAGCUUCCAUUUCUAGCUUAAAAGCUGAAUUAGAAAGAAUAAAAAUAGAAAAAGGACAGUUGGAGUCCACAUUAAGAGAGAAGUCUCAACAGCUUGAGAGCCUUCAGGAAAUGAAAAUCACUUUGGAAGAACAGUUAAAGAAAGAGACUACUGCUAAGGUUACCAUUGAACAACUAAUGUUUGAAGAGAAGAAUAAAGCUCAGAGGUUGCAGACAGAACUAGAUGUCAGUGAACAAGUCCAGAGGGAUUUUGUAAAGCUUUCUCAGACCCUUCAGGUGCAGUUAGAGCGGAUCCGGCAAGCAGACUCCUUGGAGAGAGUCCGGGCAAUUCUGAAUGAUACCAAACUGACAGACAUUAACCAGCUUCCUGAGACAUGACACCUUCAGAGCAGGACUCUCACCUGCACUUUGGGUUUUUAACUCAACUUUAGAGCAACAUUAAUUACUUACUCUUAACUAAAGAAGUCACUAAAAAGGAAGACUGGGGAAAUGUGUUUCUAGUGGGAGAAGACUGUGCAGCACAGAACAGCAAACAGCCAGGCUAAUUUGCAGCAAAAAGACCUUUCAAAUGGGAACACUAGUGAGACCCCAGGCUUGACUCCAGCAUAUGUGGAUCAGGUUCGGUGAUGGAGAAAGUGCUGUUUCCUUGCCUAUUUAUCCAGCAUUUCCCUAAAGCACCAUCCAGUAGUGUUUGGAAUUACAUUUCCUGUUCAUAGAUCUUGGAAGAGAUAAUUUUUUGUUGUAUAGAGUACAUCAGUAACAGUAUUCAGCUAGCAAGACACGUGUAGUAUGCUGUAUGAAUAUUUUAUAUUAAAAUAUGAAGUUUGAGAGCAGGCCAUUGGCUAGUGACUGCAUUUCCUAGCUCAGUGCUUUUUAAAAAAACUAUUCUGUCUUUCAUUGGAGGAUCUUAAAUGCUACUGAAACUUGCCGGAGAAUCAGAAGAUGUGGCAAACAAAACCAAGAACUGAAUUAAUUAUGAGAAUUUGAAAACUUAGCUGGGGCUAUACAUAUUGGAAAUUGGGUUAAAGGAAAAGCACAAGAAACUGUUUGAAAGCACUUUUUUUGCUACUUGGAUAAAUUUUGUGGGCCCACAGGUACCAGGGUCAAACUGAACUGGUACCACCUGCUCUUGAAAACCUUUAGUUAUUGGAUCAGUGGGAAAAGAUAUUAACUAAACAAGCUGUGUGUGACAACAUCUAGUAUAAACUUAUAAAUCUGCUGCUUGCUUUUAACUCGAAUCAAUGGGCCGAAGUACUGUUUGUUUCAGGAGUGUCAAAUACAAAAUGGUGAUAACUAUGUUUGACAGGUACCAAUUUUGUAUUUUUCUUUUAUAAUUUAGACCUGGAGUGUGGUAAUGCUUAUGAAGUGGGGAAAACCCCAGUCAGUCCAUUCAUCAGUUUGGAAAUCUGCUUUGUCAUUCCUGUGAGGUUAGCUUUUCUCUGUGAGGAAAGUUUCAGUGAACAGGCUGCCUUGGCCGCGUGGUGUUGCAGAAAGCACAGGGAGCGGUUCCUGUUGGCUCCUGACCUCCUCAGGACGGUUAGCCAGAGGGGGCCUACAUGGUUUCAUUCAUGAUAGAGAUGGUUCAAAGGUGAAAUUGUUUUCAAAUCAUUUUUGUGAUUGGUGUCAUAUAACAGCAAGGUACUUGAAGGAACUAAAGUGAAUUGUCAUUGUUACAAAUGAAGCUAUUGUGGACUAGCCCGAAAGAUCUUUACUUCUGUCUUCCAUGGGACAAGAUAAAGACUACAUACCUCAUUCCUUGGGUUAUUGUUGUAGUCUUGCAUUCAUGAUUAUGAAUUUAAAAGUAAAUACUAAUUAUGGAAAUAGUGCUACAAGCUUGCCAUGCAUGAAACAUUAUUUUAAUUGGUUUACACUCUUUUAUAAAGUACUACUUGGAUUAGAUAAAGGAAACAUUUAUCCUCAUUGAGUUACAGGGAAUUUAAUUCUGAAAUACAAUCUGUUUAAAUGAUAUAAGUGUAAGACUGGUUCCUUGGAUAAGCCCUAAGCUCAUUUGUUUCAGAAUAUUAAAAUUGGCACUAUAAUUCAGGAUGGAUGGGUAACUUAUAAUCUUCCUGAACUAAACUAUAGCUCCCAGGGAACUGCUCUGCUGAGAUAAGCUUGCAGAUGUUUUUCUCAGUAAGAUGGUACUGGGCUAAUAAAAUCAUGGUUAGGGAACCACUGGUGGUCUCUACUUUGGCAGAUGCAGACUGUUGGAACUCACUUUGCUAAAUAUCCUAGAAAAACCCAAACUGUUACUCUAGGUUUUGUUAACAAUUUGUUUCUGGUAUGAAGCCAACAUUGUGCCACUAUCCUGGUAAGAAACACUUUAAUCUGGGUUUUCUGUAUAAAUGGGAAACUGAUUUGGAAGGCAGGAUUUAGCCUGUCUGGACAAAAGAUCAGUUGGGUUUUACAAGUGUUCCUGUGCUUGUGUUCAGUCUGUACACACAUUUUUUCACGCAUGUCUAACAUGAUUUACCUCCUACCUGUUACCUGCCUUAUGUGGCUUUCAAUUGGCAGUCACUCGGCCAUUUCUAGGCAGGUGCAGUGUUACCUUUCAGAACUAAUAUGGGCAGGUAUAAAAAGAUUACCCACGGCUAACAGAACAAAAUCACAUACUGCAUACAAAGUAAUUUGUUUCUUUUUCCCUUUGAGGGCCUACAUUUGUACCUUGUACUCACUCAUAACUCCUAUCAGGACACAGUGCACAGCCAAACUGAGCUCUCAGAGGUAAUUCUGCCUGUCGCAGUGAGCAAGCAGUGGCCUUGCAGUUGUGGAUCCUGGGCUCGGCUCUAAGCAGAUUUCAGUUGUAACCGUUUGUUAACUGUACUGAAGGUGUGUCCUUAAGAAGAAAGUGUUCAAAUUAAAAAAGCUGCUGCCUAGUA